CCCUUUCAUUUGACACAUCAAACACACACACAACCCCCCAUAUACAAAGAAACACCACAACCAGUCCCUCCAGGAUCAGACAAACACACAAAUCCUCCAUGAUGCAAAACACGCACAUCUUUCCUCGGGUCCCAUUCCGCCCAUUAUUCAUUCCCGCGGGUUCGGGGAUCCUCAUGAAUCAUUUUCGGUUCUUUUUUCCUAUCUGUGGAUCGCUGUAUCUCUACAUACCUGCUGUGUACUCCGUAGAUACCUACCUCCAUCCUCCAAUACCAAUCGUGAUAAUAUGGCGCUAGGUAUUGGGGUAGACUAGCUAAGUAAGCCACUACAUAACAGCCUUAACUAAGGAGGGAAUGUGGUGUAUGCACUUAGGAAAUUAGCACGUAGCU